UGCCAGUGGUGCAGUGUGAAGAUUUAAGGUAUUCGCUUAGUUUUCGUAAUACGGAUUUAUAUGCGAAGAAGACACAAAGAAAUUCGAUUAACAUGUGGCGAUAGUACGCCCAGUCUGUAGGCUUAGUGUGAGCUUGGGAUCACUCCCCGAGGGGAGGCCUCGCAGUCCGUGAAGUGGAGACCGGCCGACCGUCAGGAUGACGGCCACUCUGGAGGCGAGCUACCAGCCGCUGCAGCCCUUCGGGGCUGACCCGGCGGACACCGGUGACGAGACGCCCCAGGAGAGCGGAGUCAUGAUCCACGUUGUGCCCGAGAGUGGCCGCGCACGCUGGAACCACGUGGAGGACCUGGACGCGUUCUUCACGCGCAUGUACCACUACCACCAGAAGCACGGCUUCGCCUGCAUGAUGCUGCAGGAGCUGCUCGAGCUGGGCCAGUUCGUCUUCGUCGCCGGCUUCGCCACCUUCCUGCUGCACUGCGUAGACUACCCCGUGCUCUUCAGGGGCAAGAGCAACGCGACCAAGGUGUCGCUGCCGGACGCGGUCGUGGUGGGCGGGGAGUGCGUGGCGCAAGUCGCGCCCGUCACGUGGCUCUGCCUGUUCGUCGCGGGCGUCUUCUGGCUGCUGCGUGCCGUCAAGGUGGCCUACCACCUGGUCCAGUUCUGGGACAUCAAGGCCUUCUUCAACAGCGCCCUGCGCAUCCCCGAUUCGGAGCUGGACAACUUGACGUGGCACGAGGUCCAGCGGCGCGUGCGUGAGGUGCAGCGCGAGCAGCAGAUGUGCAUCCACAAACAGGACCUCAGCGAGCUCGACAUCUACCACCGCAUUCUCAGGUUCAAGAACUACAUGGUGGCGAUGGUGAACAAGUCGGUGCUGCCGCUGCGGUGGCGCGUGCCCUUCCUGGGGGAGAUCGUCUUCCUGACGCGCGGACUGAAGUACAACAUCGAGCUUCUGCUCUUCUGGGGCCCGUGGGCGCCGUUCGAGAACAGCUGGCACCUGCGCGAGGACUACAAGAAGGCGGCGCGGCGGCAGGAGCUGGCGCGACAGCUCGCCACCCACAUGCUGUGGGUCGGCGUCGCCAACUUCGCCCUCAUGCCCGUCAUCACGCUCUGGCAGAUCCUCUACUCCAUCUUCAACUACACGGAGAUGAUAAAGCGCGAGCCGGGCAGCCUGGGGACGCGGCGCUGGUCGCUGUUCGGCCGGCUCUACCUGCGCCACCUCAACGAGCUGGAGCACGAGCUCAACGCGCGGCUCAACCGCGCCUACCGGCCCGCCUCGCGCUACAUGGGCAGCUUCACCUCGCCACUGCUCACCGUUGUCGCCAAGAACGUCUCCUUCAUGACGGGCGCCUUCCUGGCCGUGCUGCUGAUCCUCACAAUCUACGACGAGGACGUGCUGACUGUGGAGCACGUCCUCACCGCCAUCACCGUGUUCGGCGGCAUCAUCGCCUGCUGCCGAUCGUUCAUCCCGGACGAGAACUUGGUGUUCUGCCCCGAGAAGCUGAUGACGGCGGUGCUGGCCCACGCGCACUACCUGCCCGACAGCUGGCGCGGCCAGGCGCACACGGCGCGCGUCCGCGACGAGUUUGCUCAGCUCUUCCAGUACAAGGCGGUAUACGUACUGGAGGAACUGGCUUCGCCGCUGGUGACGCCGUUCGUCAUCAUCUUCCUGCUGCGGAGGCACGCACUCGACAUCGUCGACUUCCUGCGCAACUUCACCGUCGAGGUGGUCGGCGUCGGCGACGUCUGCUCGUUCGCCCAGAUGGACGUCCGCCGACACGGCAGUCCCGCCUGGCAGGCCGGCGCCCCCGACCCGGACGUCGGCGCGACCCCGGCUCGUGACCCCUACGCCCAGGCUGAGGAUGGGAAGACGGAGCUGUCGCUGGUGCACUUCACGCUGACAAACCCCGAGUGGCGGCCGCCGACGGCGGGGGCCCGCGGCUUCGUGGCGGCGCUGCGCGAGCGCGUUCUGCGCGAUGUGGGGGCGGCCGGAGGAGUCGCGAGACCGGGCGGCGCCGUCCCCGCGACUGUCGCCCCCGACGCCGAAGGCCGAGUGUCUCCCGACACCGCGACGGCGGCCGCUUUGGGUCUCGGGCCGCACCGCCUGCCGGACCCCGCCUACGACUACUCGGAGUCGCUCGGCUCCAUCUCCGGGCUCGGACUGGGGCUGAACAGUGUAGUGGCGAGUGCGCUUCGCCACACCCUCGCCAAACCUGACCCUCUGCCGAGUCUGGUGCCCACGUUCGGAACACUGCCUUCGCAGCACCAGCUACAGCGGCAGCAGCAGCUGUCGACGUCCUCGCAGCAGACUUCGGCAAUGGCGUCAUCGCAGCCGCCGGCAAUGCGGGGCGGCCUCAACCGUGCCGAGGGUCCGCUGCUGCACCCGGACCGCGGCCUCUUGUACAGCCUGAACCAGCAGGGGCUGUCGAUGGGUGCGUCCGUGUUCGGCCCCGCGGGUGAGGCGGCGGCAGUGGCGGCCGCAGCUGCGGCCGUCGGUGGCGGCGGGGCCGGAGCGGCGGGCCCCGAAGACCUGCUUCUGCUGGCGCCGGGGGCGGAGGGCACGGCAGCCGACAUGAGCCUCAGCGCGCUCUACCUGCACGAGGUCCACCACCGCCUGGUGCACCAGGGAGGUCGACUGGAGGCGGCGGUCGGUGUCGGCGGUGGAGGUGGGGGAGCGGCCUCCGGCACGGUGGGGGUGGGGGCCGGAGAAGGUUACCAGCAGAGCAGCGCACCCGACCUCUGGACGACGCACUCCCCGCGCAGCGUCGAGACCACCCCGCUGCUGGACCCGGGCAGUCGUGGGCACCCCCACGGACACGGACCUCCUUCGUAGUACCGGGCACUGCAGGACGUGUAGACGGUCUUCCUCCGAGGCCUCGGAAGUCACGGAUUGCGGAGGUCCCGCCCUACGUGUUUGCGGGGCGUGCUCCACACCUCCGCCUCCCGCUUUGGUGCCGUCGGACGCACUGCCGCCGCGGUCUGCAGGUCGACGGCACCUCUCUGUCUGCUGCCCGACGGGUCGAACCGGUGGCAGCUGGUGUGUGGGAGCCGAUUACAGAGUUGUGGUAGAAGUGGGGACGACCCGUGUUUGGAAACUUAAAAAACUGUAAAGCUUCGAGUGACAAUUUUUAUCCCGACUGCCAGCUUAUUUGCCCAUCCGUGUCUCGAGAAAAACUUUUCCUGUCUCACAGGUGACAUAAAUAAUUGUUAUUUUCUUUUCUGUAGGUACACCCACAUAAACUGUGUACAGGUGUCGUUUCAAAGUUUUCCACUCCAGCAACUGCGUGUAAAAUUGUCUCGGUGUUCUGUCCGUAUCGCACAUUCGAGGUAGAGCUGGAGCUUCUGGAUGCACUCGCUGUCUGCAGAGACACCGAAUGGCGUAAAUCUUUCUCCCCUCUGCCCUCGAGUCAGGAUUACAGAACGAAAGCAAUACACGCCGAUCACACCCGGUACUACCUCCUUCCUGUCAAACUGAGUUCUUACUUCUGACGUUCUGCGUACGGUCCGUGUCUAGUGCCACUGUAGCUGCUUUCCCUGUUAAAAUUAUUACUUCACAUCUGAAGUUGUAUCAGUCUUUUAUUGCAGACUUCCAGUGAGAUGAAGCAAGAGAAGAGAUGUUUUGUUCCAUUGAGGAUAUGAAGAUCUUAUCUUGUGCUUCAUCAUACUCUAUAACAAAAAAGGUUAUAGGAAUUUGGAUGUGACCCAGUAAAUUUAACAGAGACCUCAGUGAAAUGUGGGAUCAGGCACUAGAAACAGAGCAUCAUCUUCAGGUUUUCCUCCUAUUAACAGGUUCCAGAGUAAGUGGUUUUGUAGUCUGAGACUUCCUCUUCCACUUAAUCAGGCAUUUUUAGCCUUCUCCUUUCUAUCUUCUCGUGUCCUGCUGCACUUCUGAUAACUAUCGAGAGAAUGCCCUUUUCCUUGCAGUUUUGCCCCACAAGGUCUGCAUUACUUUUCUCAAUUGGGUUUGGUAGAGUUCUUUGUUCUUUUAGCCUUUCCAUUACUUUACUGUUCUUCACUUCACACAUCCAUUUUAUUUUCACUAUUCUCAUCCAAAUUCAUAUCAUGAAUGUUUCAGUUUUGUCUCUUUCUUUCUUCUUCAGUGUCCAGCUUUCCUGUAACACAAAAGAAACGCUCCAAACAAAACAUUUAACUGGCUUUUUGUGCUUAAUAUUUUGCCUCAUAAUGUCAGAUAUAUUAUCAGAGGGUUGAGGCAGAGAGAGUGGUUACAAAUUAAGUGAACUCUGCAAGUUGAACUGUUUAUAAGUACCAGUGCAAUGGUCAGGCCGUGGACACUCGGCCGCUUCCCCGAGGUCACGGCAUCUCACGGUCUGUGUAUUUAGGAGCUUCGGUUGGCGAAGAACUAGCACUGUUUGUUUUAUUUACCACUCAGACCCACAAUGUGGCUAACAUCAAUGCUUCUCCUUUUCUGUUAAAACUGUCUUUUUGGUUUUGAAUUUUAAUGGCCCCUCUGCUCAUCGUAGCACAAUAAAGUUUGGCUUCAGAUAAAACCACAGUAUUGGAGAAACAAAUUUGGUGGUUCUCUAGCCCUAGGGCACCAUCAUUGCUACUGUCAAUUUAUCCGUGUCCCCCAGAUGACAAUUACUCUCAUGCUCCUUAAACGAGGUGUUACAAAAUUCACCGAGCACUGAAAUACUGGCCGUAAAAGGCUAAGGAAUUGUGUUAAGUGGUGGUGGUGGUGGUGGUGGUGGUGGUUGUGUUUGUGUGUGUGUGUGUGUGUGUGUGUGUGUGUGUGUGUGUGUGUGUGUGUGUGUUCCAUAGUACUGAUCCAGGCCAUAGGGGAGAGAGGUUGCUGCCGACAUUGCUGCCCUGAUAGGAAGCUGGUACUGUAUAAGAUACACUCAUCAGUCCCGGCAGUUGACCACCUUCUGAUGAAGGAAAUGGCGUGCAUCUUUGAAAGCUGGAGUUUGAGCUCGGAUGUUACACGACACGGACACCGAGAAAGUUUUACACCUCUGUACAAAUGUGACUACUGCAAUAUUUUUGCCUAAUGCUAUAGGUGCCUAGUGCGUACAUACACUGCGAAGCUCUGUCUAAUUUGUGCGGCACUUCGAAGUUUGGAGAAACUAUUCACUGCAGAUUACUGAAUAGCACUUGGUUCCACACUUCCCACUGUGGUGAUGUAAUGGUGACAGAGUUGUGUUUGGAAUACCUUGUAUCGGAUAAGAUUUUUAACGGAAGAUGUUCGUUGAGAGGUUACAAAGUGAUUCUCCUGUGAUGCGCUAUUUGUAUGUUUGACUUCCUGUACACAGCUGCAAUAUUUUUAUGCACAAAUGAAUAUUUCGGCUGGCACAAUCGCGGCUACUUCAUUUCGUGUCGUUUGUACACAUACCUGUUAAUCUUAUGUUUCUGGUCGGCAUUUGUGGUAAAUCGGUGAAAGGAGCGUAUUGGAAGCUUGCUGUGAUUAAUUUUUCUCGUGCACUGUUUCUAAUGUAAGAAUUUUUAAAGGGGUUUUCAUAUGACUGUUUUUAUGGACAUGACUCAUUAUUAUUAUUAUUAUUAUUAUUGUAUUGUAUUGUGUUUCGUUUUGUUCCACUUUAAGUUUUGAACUGUCUUCAGUGUAUAUACUUACAAUGUAGUAUUACCAACUUGCCUCAACUUAAUUUUUUUCUGUGGAUGGCACUGUAAGAUUUAAUUAAUAACUGGAAUGUAUGUGUUUCACAUUUACAGAUGGCAACAGAGAAAUGUUUUGUAAUAACGGAUGUUAAUACUUUGUCGUUGAGAGUUGUGUGGUACAUAUUCUCUUGUGUUCCUAUCCCCUUAGUCUUUCUGUAUGCUUAAUAAUGAGUGUGGAAGAAAUGAGGCAACUUUAAUAAUUAAUCGGCUAGCUGUAGUGCAGUAGUUGUAGGCUGAAAUGCUGUGAUUUUUUUAAAAAAAGAAAAAGUACUGUGCAAAAUUUCACAUUCACUACACUCGAUUAUGUUGUGGCAGGUGCAGCUGCGCGACACUUUGCUUCCACCUCACAUGUCGUGUCGUGUCAUGUUAUUUGCCAGUGCAGAGGAUCUUCAACCCCCCCCCCCCCC